UUGAAAUUAUAAAAUAUCAAAAGGUCAGAUAGAAUCAUUUUUGAUUAGAGUUGGUGUCGCACCGCGGCUUCAACAAUCCAGUGCAUUGUGGAUUAUCCUUCGAAGACUUGUAAGGAGAGUAUCAGUACUUAUUUUUGAAUCAAAAUGGCGACUGUACAGCAAUUAACGAAGCAAAAGCAUCGCAAGAAACACUUCAAAAAGCAAAAAUUGAAAUUAUUUCGAGCUAAUGAAAGUGUUAUCAGUGUUUUUAUGUGGGGAGUCAAUCAUACUAUCAAAGAACUUUCGUACAUUCGUUGUCCACUGAUGUUGAUGCCUGAUGACUUCAAAGCUUAUUCUAAGGUCAAAGUUGACAAUCAUCUUUAUAACAAAGAAACAUUGCCAAGUCAUUUCAAAGUGAAGGAAUAUUGUCCGAUGGUUUUCAGAAGAUUAAGAGAAAGGUUUGGAAUUGAUGACAAGGAAUAUGCGAAUUCAUUAUGUCUUCAACAACCAGUCCGAGUGGAAGAUGCGGGAAGGUCAAGAGCAAGAUUUUUACAGUCAGUCGACAGAAAAUUUGUCAUCAAGACUUUACAGAGCGAAGAUAUUGCUGAAAUGCAUACUAUACUACCUACAUAUCAUCAGUAUGCCGUUGAGCAAGGUGGACAGACAUUAUUACCACAAUAUCUUGGAAUGUACAGAUUGACAUUAAACAAUGUUGAACACUACGUACUGGUGACAAGGAAUGUUAUGAGCAACACAUUGAAGACACAUAAGAAAUAUGAUUUGAAGGGUUCAACUGUGCAAAGAGAAGCGAGUGAGAAAGAAAAAACCAAGGAGUUUCCUACGUUUAAAGAUAACGAUUUUGUUAAAGAUAACGUUAAGAUCUACAUGGAUCAAGAAGCAAGAGAAAGCUUCCUAACCAUGUUAAAAAGAGACGUCGAGUUUCUGGCAUCCCUGAAGUUGAUGGACUAUAGUUUACUGGUUGGCAUUCACGAUAGGGACAGAGAAGACAGAUACAACGAUAGAAUUGAAGUUCCGGAAGAUGCAGACACUUAUAAUAACGGACAAGAUCCAGAUUAUAGUCCUGGAGAAGAUGAAAAUGGGUUACUUGCGACACCACCAGAUUCCCCGGGAGCUCCUUUACGUCAAGAUUCACAGGAGGAUGAUGUCGGUGAUGUCUAUAGAUUUAACAGUGCAGAAAAUUCUCCUAAAAGCGUUAUAUAUUUCAUGGGAUUGAUUGAUAUUUUAACACAUUAUGAUGCAAAGAAAAAAGCUGCUCACGCUGUCAAGACUGCUAAACAUGGGUCUGGAGCAGAAAUCUCUACUGUGAAGCCAUUUCAAUAUUCAAAAAGAUUUUUAGAAUUUAUUAACGAACAUAUGAUUACGCCCGAUUCCCAGUCCAACGCUAACGCUGCUCAAGCCGCCGGGGAAUCAAGCUCGUGAAAAUUAUAUCCAAUCAUAUCCAGAAACAUUACUUUAGUUCGAGAAUUGAGUUACCGUUUCAUACAUGCUUACUAUUUACUCAGCUAAGAAAUUACUGUUAUGGAAAUCAGGGACGCCCAAAAUAUUCAAAUCAAUUUGGGAUUCUCAGUUUUGAUAUGGUAAAUUCUAGACCAGUGGUUCUCAAACUUUUUAAGCCGCUUUUUUAUAAAUUUUCAAGUCUUGUGAAAAAAGUAACUAGCUAACAAUAAGCUACAAAUAACUCUCUACUAAAGAUACAAGCACAACAGCUCUCUGCGAUCUCAAACAAUAAAGAAAUGUAAAUAUCCAAAAUAAGGCUGGCAAGAUCGAAUCUAACAAAUAUUUUUAUUUUUGUUAUUUUCACGCCCACUCAAAAUAUUGUCUACGCCCCGCCCCCCCAAAAGUGGGCCUUGCGUUUGAAAACCACUGUUCUAGACUUUAGGAAUAUUUAAAAACGUUCCAUGUGUAGCAUUGUCUUGUCCUGCAAUUAAUAUAUUUGAAUUGAUUAUGAAUUACUUAUUACCGAAAUUGUUAAUCCUCGAUUUUCAAAAUAAUUUUAAACGUGUCGUAAGAAAAAUUGUCAUUCUGAGCAAUUGAAUAAUCGUAGUGAGGCCAAAAAAGCUUUCUUGUACUUUCCGAAAAAUAAAGAAAUAUGGAGUCGAUUGAAUAAUUGUUUUAACACUAUUUCCCAAUUCAAACUCAUUGAAUGUAUAUUGACUUUUACAUGUUUUUUGUUAAAUAUGCCCAAUUCAAAUGUACUGAUUUUUAAUAUUUAAAAAUAUUAUUUAAAAAUGUAUCUGGAAAGUAAAUUAUACUAUUUUGCCAUCGCCAAUUUGAAACUAGAUCAAGGAUCAAUUGUCUUGAGUUUUUAAUCAGGAUUUAUUUCGCCAAUUUGCUUGACUGUCUAUUUCAAUUUUACCUGUGUUGAUUUUCAGUAUCAAAAUAGCCAUUGAGUUAGAUUGUCACAAAUAUGCUUUGACCAUGAUAACUAGAAUCGUUUUAUCACGAAGUUGAUGGGACAAAUUCCGCUACGCUAAUUUUCUGUAAAAAUGACAAAAAAGUUGCAUCAAUAUUUGGGCAACAGUAUUUAGAAUGUAUAAAUCUGAAAUUCUCAUAUACUAAGUCAUGAAGUUGAAUGUGUUAGAGAUAUUGAAUGUACUUCUUCAUUAAUUCCCUGUGGUGUCCGAAUUGAAAUUGGCUUCAGUAUUUGAAAUGUAGAUUGAAAUUUUAUUAUGAAACUUGUUAUCUUUGCAACAAAAUCAUGCUUCAUUCAGACUGUGCUAAAGACACUGAUAAAUUGCUUGGUGGUUGCAACCUUUUUUGAUAUAGGCUACCAGUACUCCACUUUUGGAUCUCUUUUUCAAACAUUCAAACUCCAUUUUCCGUUAUUUGUUCAAGCCAAUGGAUAAUUAGCUAGUGUUACACGCAACUUGGACAUAAAUGUGUAUUGCAAUAACUAAACAAUACUAGUGGAAGGACUGCAUUUUCUUCCUUGGGAGGAAUUUCUUUUUGACAAUAAUAUACAAAUUCAUUAUCACUUUUAAAACCUUAUUAUUAGUCAUAAUUCCUUUUAUUUUCACAUUCAUAACAUGUUCUAAUGAAAAUAGUCACGAAAAUCAGACUACCGCUGUUAUUAUUGAAGGAGUGCCAAUGGUUUCUUUUUGAUGAUAUCAUGUUGCUGUUAUAAUGUACUGUUGACUGUCAAUUCAUAUUGCUUGAUUGUGUAUACUCCAUAAUGAAUACUUUCUUCUUAUCAAAACCAUGUUAGUACUAUGAGAAGAAACAAUCAAGCUAGUAAAAUUAGUGAAAAGUAGGCAUUGAAGUGUGAUUGGUCAGAAUAAUUUUAUUCAUCUGGCAUUGAAGCGUAACUAUUCAGAAUACUUUUUCGUUGGCCAUUAAAGUGUGACUGGUCAGAAUAAUUUUAUUCCUCUGGCAUUGAAGCGUAACUAGUCAGAAUACUUUUAUUCGUUGGCCAUCAAAGUGUGACUGGUCAGAAUAACUUUAUUCUUCAGGCAUUAAAGUGUGACUGGUCAGAAUAAUUUAAUUCCUCUGGCAUUGAAGCGUAACUAGUCAGAAUACUUUUAUUCGUUGGCCAUUAAAGUGUGACUGGUCAGAAUAAUUUUAUUCCUCUGGCAUUGAAGCGUAACUAGUCAGAAUACUUUUAUUCCUCACCAAGAGAGCUGAUAACGCUUCACCAAUUCCAUAUCUUAAAUCUUGUAAAUUAUCUUAUAUAUACAGUCAGGCAUGGCAUAUAUAAAUUUAAGCUUUCAAAGCACGAUAUAUAUGGUGAUUUAUUUUUUCUUGCCUGGCAUGUUCAUGGUUUCAGAGUUAACUCGUUUUGACUUUGUUGCUCUGUUUUAUUAUCUGGAAAGUCAUUAUAUUAUUCCAUGCUUUCUCACCUACUCAGUUCAAAAUGUAGUUUUAUGCAGUCGAAAAUUGGUUUCGUUGAAUUCGUUGUCGAUGUUGUGCAGGGUUGUUGAAUAUUAUGUUUGAUAAUAUUUAAAAAUACUCUUUUCAAUGCAAAACUGUUUUGAAUAAGUGAGCUCGCAUUACUAUGACUGCCCUACUCCAGGCUAUUUGAAAUGAAAAGUCAGGAAAGAAUAGAAAUAUUACAAAGAUCCAACAAAAUAGUGUUAUGGUGUCUAAUAGUUGCUUAUUUCUUACUUUUACUGUUCCCUAAUAACGUUUUUCUUCUGGUCAAAUUCAAAAGAUUGUCUUAAACUCUGUACUCGACGCCUGCACACUCAAUAACAGUUUAACAAAUUCAAUUUUCGGCUGAAUUUUGUUGAUCUUUGUAUUAUGAUUGUAUUUUUCCUACAUUGUACUUUAAUCGCGAUUUAUUUUCACUUCAUUUUCCUUCUGUAAAAAUUACUCGUUAAUGUGAAUUUACAUCCUGUAAUGUAGGUUGACUACCCUGAAUAAUUUAAAAUUAAUUAUAUAAGAAUGUAUUUAAAAGAAAUAUCUAAAGCGUUUCAAAAUAAUAUGUUCAUACUCACUUUGAAACAGGAUCUAGAUCAGUGGUUUCCAAAUCGAGAACCGGU